UGGUUUACUUAAAUAAUACUUAAAAUAGAGUGAAUAACCAAGAUUUCUUGCCGAUACUCUAAUAAAAAAGAAAUCUAUUCAAUGAAUAGGAUAAGAUCCAUUGAGUUCUCUUCGCAUUCCUUUCCUUUGUGAAAGAGUAGAAUGAGAAAGCUAAUGAAUCUUAAACCCAUUGAUAAAAAGAAAAAAAAAGAGGAUUUGGGGAUAGAGGGACUUGAACCCUCACAACUUAAAAAGUCGACGGAUUUUCCUUUUACUAGAAAUUUCAUUGUUGUCAGUAUUGACAUGUAGAAUGGGACUCUCUCUUUGUCCUCGUCCGAUUAAUCCACUUUCUUUUUAAAAGUUCUCAAAACUUUGAAUUUGAAUUGAAGAAUUUGAUUAUUCAAUAUUCGAAUGGAGUGGAUUCACAAUAAUUCAAAAUAAAAUUAUGAUAUGAGUUUUUUAUUUCAUAAUCAUUUCGAAUUUAUUUUGAAAUUUUAAAAAAGAUAAAGAACCUAUAUUAUAAUAUGAGUUCUGUGAUUAAUCGUUUGCUAUGUCAGUAUCUAUACGUGUUUAUUAAAUGUAUAAAGUAUAAAACCCCUCUUUCUCUAAUUUAGAAUUAGAAGGAAUUCCACUAACAACACAACGUAAUUAACUCGAUUCGUUAGAACAGCUUCCAUUGAGUCUCUGCACCUAUCCUUUUCCUUUGUAUUCUAGUUCGAGAAUCCCUUCUCAAAACACGGAUUUGGCUCAGGAUUGCCCUUUUUUAAUUCCAGGGUUUCUCUGAAUUUGGAAGUUACCACUUAGCAGGUUUCCAUACCAAGGCUCAAUACAAUCAAGUCCGUAGCGUCUACCGAUUUCGCCAUAUCCCCACUUCCCUCUUCUUUGAGACCAGGAUUCCUUGUGUAAUUUCAUCCAUCUCUUAGUUUUUUUUUUGAAUCAUUGAGUUCAUCACUCAACGUAGUCUAGCAGUUCAGUUCGACUCUAUUUGAGAGACCCCGCUUGCUUAUUGCAAUUCUGAAUUACAUUGAUUCUAUCCUUGAUGUAUUUGCAAUUCAAUCCGAAUCAAUAUAUCCAAAACUUUUUAUCUCCCCCACCUCCCGUCUUACUUUUUUAUAGUAUUCGAAAUUAUACUAUAACGCUGGAUAUUUAUUCUUUUUUUCUAAUCAGAAUUAUCAAUUUUAUUUACUCUGACUUUAUGUUCCCCUUAGUGAAAUAUUAAUCCUCAAAUUAUUAACAAAUAAUAAAGUCUAUAAUGAUCGAAUGAAAAUACCCAUAAAGUCUAUAAUUUUCUUUUUAAAUAUCCUAUAGUUAAGCAUAUCAAGCUAACUUUAUCUUUAAGAAGUUUUAGUAUUUUUUUAUUUAGUAUUUUUUUAUAAGUAGAACUUCAAAUUUAGAACUAGUUAAUAGCUAAGAGUAAUAACUAAUAUCUGAGAUUUUACGGAUUUCCUAUACUAUACCUAUUUCUAUUUGUUACACUAUUUCCGUUAUGUAAGCCCACUUAGCUCAGAGGUUAGAGCAUCGCAUUUGUAAUGCGAGGGUCAUCGGUUCAAAUCCGAUAGUCGGCUUUUUUUUUCUCUAUCGAUGUUCUACGAACAAGAAUCUCUUUUUUUCCGAAUUAAAUGGAGAAUCCAGGAUCUUUUAUGUUUUUUACCUUACUAUUUUGCUAGAUACAAAACAAUAAAAUAAAUAAUAUAUAUACAAAAAAUACAAAAAAUACAGAUUUUGAUGAAAUUCCAUUUUUUGUGGUACUUUAGUUGAUUUUACUCUGUUUAUCCUGUAGUUUAAUUCAGUUUUAAUUUCGAUGUAUUCUGUAAUGUAAAUACAAUGAAAUUAAUUGUGUAAAAUGAAAUUUCAAUAAAAAAAAGGAGUCUUCAUGUCCCGUUAUCGAGGACCUCGUUUAAAAAAAAUACGCCGUUUGGGAGCUUUACCAGGACUCACUAGAAAAACACCUAAAUCCGGAAGUAAUCUUAAAAAAAAAUUCAAUUCUGGGAAAAAGGAGCAAUAUCGUAUUCGUCUUCAAGAAAAACAGAAAUUGCGUUUUCAUUAUGGUCUGACAGAACGACAAUUACUUAGAUAUGUACAUAUCGCUGGAAAAGCAAAAAGGUCAACAGGCCAGGUUUUACUACAAUUACUUGAAAUGCGUUUGGAUAAUAUCCUUUUUCGAUUGGGUAUGGCUUCAACCAUUCCUGGGGCCCGCCAAUUAGUCAACCAUAGACAUAUUUUAGUUAAUGGCCGUAUAGUCAAUAUACCAAGUUUUCGUUGCAAACCCCGAGAUAUUAUUACUACGAAAGAUAACCAAAGAUCAAAAGGUCUGGUUCAAAAUUAUAUUGCUUCAUCGGACCCGGGGAAAUUGCCAAGCCAUUUGACGAUUGACACAUUGGAAUAUAAAGGACUAGUAAAUAAAAUCCUAGAUAGGAAGUGGGUCGGUCUCAAAAUAAAUGAGUUGUUAGUUGUAGAAUAUUACUCUCGUCAGACUUGAACUUAAUGAAAAAAGGAAAGGUUCAUAGAAUUUUCUUCCCCUUCCCCUUUCCCCGAACUAAAUAGCCCUAAGACCAUUACCAUUAAUUCGUAUUUUCCCAUCAACUAGCUAAAAUUGAUUAACCCUAGGAUUAGGAUCCUUUUUGCUUUUUUCCUCUAUGUUUACAUACCACAGUAAUUUGCUAUAGAGAAUUUUUAAUUUCUAUUAAAUAAAAAUAAGAUAAUAUAAGAUAUUAUUACUGGAAUAAAUUGCUAUUUGAUUUGAUACAUUGUGAUCCUUAACGUUGAUGAAUUAAGAAAAACGGAAAGAGAGGGAUUCGAACCCUCGGUAAACAAAAGUCUACAUAGCAGUUCCAAUGCUACGCCUUGAACCGCUCGGCCAUCUUUCCUACAUAACUUAUUAUGGAAAAUAAACUGAGUGAAUAGCGAGUUUUCUUAUUCCUGCAGUACAGGUACAACCGCAACCGCUCGGGGGUUCCCUAGUUCUAUUGGAAAAAUUCCUUUUGAUCUAGGUGGAAGGAUACAGGAUUUUUUACUAGAAAUUGCGCUCGCUAUAAAAUAAAAGUUUUAAUUUAGGUUUUCCCGCAACUAAAGAAAAAGAGAAUGCAAGAAUUCUUCUUAUUGCAUAAUAAAAUAAAGAAACCUUAGAAUUCCGUUUGCAUAAGAUACGCUACACCAUUGAAAUCAAAAAUAGAGUAUGAGACAAUUAAUAACUUUGAAAACACGAAAUAGUUGAUGACAUAAGUUGUUGUUCAGAAAUAGGAAAGUGGAAUGAAAUCCAGUCUUAGUCAAAUAUUGCAUAUCUCUUCGUGUCCAAGCAGAAGGAAAAGGAUACAAUUUGAGCUGAGCGGAAAAUCCAUAUCUCUCUUAUCCAUUUAAAACAUAUGGAUUUAGAGCAUAUGGAUCAAUCUAUUUAUAAUUAUAAGAAUCGAAUGUGUUUGUUUUUAUGUUAUUUUGUGAAGGAAUGAAAACAAUUCUAUAUAGAAUGGCUUGGGAAUUAUGCCUAGAUCCCGUGUAAAUGGAAAUUUCAUUGAUAAGACCUUCUCAAUUAUAGCCAAUAUUUUAUUGCGAAUAAUUCCGACAACCUCAGGAGAAAAAAGGCAUUUACUUAUUAUAGAGAUGGUGCGAUUUGACUCUUUUUUUUUUUGCUUUUUUUUAGACCUACCUAUACCUCAGUCUUAGGAAAAAGAAAAGGGGUUGGCAUAGAGAGAACCAAAUUUGUAAAGCAAGCAAACCCACGCUUCGGGAAGGUGAGGCGAACUAACAAUUCCUUCCGUCGUGUAUCCUCGAUUGAUGCGGCUUCAGAUACUUCAAUUGUAGAUUUGAGUAUUGAGCGAAAGGUUACACCUACAGGAUAUGGUAUGGUAUGGAUUACAGGCCACUCUAUUAGUAUCCGUAGGCAGCAUAGGGGAGAAAAGCACUACACCUAGAAAUAGGAAUCAACAAGAGAAAAACUUUGGUAGAAAUUACCCCUUUCCUGAUCGGUAUCAGGGCUGGGAAGAAUGGUUGGGAUAACAAACAACCAUCAGGUUUGUACUUUGGAUACCCCUAUAACCAUCAAAGAUCGUUGAAGUAGCUAAUUCCUCUAAAUAGGAGGCGUUGAGAACAAAGAAAUUAUUGGAGCUAUCGUUUUCCUCUAGCAUUAAUAGAAUUCAUUGGUGUUAAGAAAAACCUCUUGUGGGAAGGUUGGCUAGAGAUUUCUUGGAAAAAUACCAGCCCCUUUCGGUUCAUAAUGAGACGGGACUAAUUCUAUUUUGAUUCUAUAGAUUAAGAUUAUUUCGCUUAGUACUAUUAUGUACAGAAGGGAGGAGCCGUAUGAGAUGAAAACCUCAUGUACGGUUUUGGAACGGAGAUUUUUUGAAUAGAAUGAACGACCGUAACGGAUGUUGGCUCAAUCCGAAGGAAAUUAUGCGGAAGCUUUGCAAAAUUAUUAUGAAGCUACGCGACUAGAAAUCGAUCCCUAUGAUCGAAGUUAUAUACUCUAUAACAUAGGCCUUAUACACACAAGCAAUGGAGAGCAUACAAAGGCUUUGGAAUAUUAUUUCCGGGCACUAGAACGAAACCCCUUCUUACCGCAAGCUUUUAAUAAUAUGGCCGUGAUCUGUCAUUACGUGCGACUAUCUCCACUAUAGAAAGACAAAAAAAGAGAGGAUCAAAUUUUCUAGUAAAUACUGGAAAAAAGGGCUUUCUACAUAGGGAUCGUAAAAACAACGAUUUUUCCCUAUCAGCUGUAGGAAGGAAGGACACUUCACGAGAAUCAAAAAACGAAGAAAGUAUGGCCUAUACUACUACUCUAUGGAUAAAGUUUCUCAAAUUGAUAGAGAAAGCACCGUAAAGAUCAAUUAGUGAGCGACUGGGUCGAUACAACUAAAAAAAACUGCUUACUUAUCCCAUGAUAUGGGGCAAAAUUUAGGAAUCCGCUUAUGUAAUAGAGCCGAUCCACUAAGGGAUUAAGCAGCGGUGUAGUAUCAGAUCCCAAAGAUAGUAAGUUCUUUUUUCUUUCUUAUGGAAAAAAGUCUUUUUCAAGGAUUCUAUAGAGAUUUCAUAUAUGAAACCGGGAUAGUUACCUUUCAGAAAAUUUGAACGAAGGCUCUAUAUCUAUCUAUGCUUCAUUCUUCUGAAGGUGGGAAAAAAGAUCAAACUAAUUAUUGAGAAAAAUUAGGGUUUGAAACUUAGGUAAUUAAUUUCUUCUGCUUAACACAAGAACAAAUUGGAUCGAUUUUUGAUAAAUCGAAUUCAGUUAAGAUAGGGGAAAUUAAGAUAGCAAUUUCUGAGCCGUAUGAGGUAGGAAACUCUCAAGUACGGUUCUAAGGGAAGGAACUGCCUAUUCCGACCGAGGAGAACAGGCCAUUCUAGAGGGUGAUUCGGAAAUUGCGGAAGCUUGGUUUGAUCAAGCUGCUGAAUAUUGGAAACAAGCUAUAGCGCUUACUCCGGGAAAUUAUAUUGAAGCACAAAACUGGUUGAAGAUUACGAAGCGCUUUGAAUUUGAAUAAGACCAUGCUCCUUUUUUUUCCUAAAAUGGAUGGUUUGGUUGUUGAUCCAUUAAUCAAAUAAAUUAGGUCGUAAGAUCGAAUCAAGAAUUUCAUUAUAUCCAUUUCUUAUACCUUCUAUUUUAUAAGAUAUUUCAUAAGAAUAAACCAUAGGGAUAGGGUCUAGAAUAGAAGUAAUAAAGUGAAUAAAAAAAAGGGGGCCAAUCUAAAUAUUGCUAAUAUAUUAGAACCAUCUUAUUAAUAAUUCUAAUGAGUUAUCUUGGAAUUUAGAAUCAAAUAAAAAAUAAAAAACCCUAUAUUAUGCUCAAGGAAAGUAGAUAUAGAUAGGAGCUUAUGCCCUAAAAAAAAAUACACUAGUUUCUUAAAUUUAAAAUAAAAAAGAUUUUUUCUUACGCCGAGAAAUAUUUGUUUUUUCAAGAUAAACAAUGUCCGUUAGGCACCUAACCUUUAUGUCAUAAUAGAUCCGAACACUUGCCUCGGAUUGACUUUAAUAUAUAAUUGCUCCAGUGAAUAACUAAAAAAAAAGAAGGGUGGUAGUAUAGUAAAGAAAAGAACUAAUCACAAUAUCUAUCUUUCAAAAUCUAUCUUUCAAAAUCUAUCUUUCAAAGAUUCACUAAAAAAAAAGACAGUUGGCGGGUCUCUUUGUAUGUCUUGUCCGGAAAGAGGAGGAGUUAAUGAUUAUUCGUUCGCCGGAACCAGAAGUAAAAAUUGUUGUGGAUAGGGAUCCUGUAAAAACAUCUUUUGAGGAAUGGGCGAGACCCGGCCAUUUCUCAAGAACACUAGCUAAGGGCCCUGAUACUACCACUUGGAUCUGGAACCUACAUGCUGAUGCUCACGAUUUCGAUAGUCAUACUGGUGAUUUGGAGGAGAUUUCUAGAAAAGUUUUUAGUGCUCAUUUCGGGCAACUUUCCAUUAUCUUUCUUUGGUUGAGUGGCAUGUACUUUCAUGGUGCCCGUUUUUCCAAUUAUGAAGCAUGGCUAAGUGAUCCUACUCACAUUGGACCCAGUGCUCAGGUAGUUUGGCCUAUAGUAGGGCAAGAAAUAUUGAAUGGUGAUGUAGGUGGGGGUUUCCGAGGAAUCCAAAUAACCUCUGGUUUUUUUCAGCUUUGGCGAGCAUCUGGAAUAACUAGUGAAUUACAACUCUAUUGUACUGCAAUUGGUGCAUUGGUUUUUGCAGCGUUAAUGCUUUUUGCUGGUUGGUUCCAUUAUCACAAAGCCGCUCCCAAAUUGGCCUGGUUCCAAGAUGUAGAAUCCAUGUUGAAUCACCACUUAGCGGGAUUAUUAGGACUUGGGUCUCUUUCUUGGGCGGGACACCAAAUUCAUGUAUCUUUACCAAUUAACCAAUUUCUUGACGCUGGGGUGGAUCCUAAAGAGAUACCACUUCCUCAUGAAUUUAUCUUGAAUCGGGACCUUUUGGCUCAACUUUAUCCUAGUUUUGCCGAAGGAGCAACCCCUUUUUUCACUUUAAAUUGGUCCAAAUACGCAGAAUUUCUGACUUUUCGUGGAGGACUAGAUCCAGUAACCGGUGGUCUCUGGCUGACCGAUAUUGCACACCAUCAUUUAGCUAUUGCUAUUCUUUUCCUAAUCGCAGGUCAUAUGUAUAGGACCAACUGGGGUAUUGGCCAUGGACUUAAAGAUAUUUUGGAGGCUCACAAGGGCCCAUUUACAGGACAAGGCCAUAAGGGUCUUUAUGAAAUCUUAACAACGUCAUGGCAUGCUCAAUUAUCUCUUAACCUAGCUAUGCUAGGCUCUACAACCAUUGUUGUAGCUCAUCAUAUGUAUUCUAUGCCUCCCUAUCCAUACCUAGCUACUGACUAUGGUACACAACUUUCCUUGUUCACACACCACAUGUGGAUUGGCGGAUUUCUAAUAGUCGGUGCUGCUGCACAUGCAGCAAUUUUUAUGGUAAGAGACUAUGAUCCAACUACUCGAUACAACGAUCUAUUAGAUCGCGUCCUUAGACACCGCGAUGCAAUCAUAUCCCACCUUAACUGGGUAUGUAUAUUUCUAGGUUUUCACAGUUUUGGCUUGUACAUUCAUAAUGAUACCAUGAGUGCUUUAGGCCGUCCACAAGAUAUGUUUUCGGAUACCGCCAUACAAUUACAACCUAUCUUUGCUCAAUGGGUACAAAAUAUCCAUGCUACUGCGCCUGGCGUAACAGCUCCUGGUGCAACAACAAGUACUAGCUUAACGUGGGGAGGCGGCGAGUUAGUAGCAGUAGGUGGCAAAGUGGCUUUGUUACCGAUUCCAUUAGGAACCGCAGAUUUUUUAGUCCAUCACAUUCAUGCAUUUACCAUACAUGUGACUGUAUUAAUACUUUUGAAAGGUGUUUUAUUUGCUCGGAGUUCCCGUUUGAUACCCGAUAAAGCAAAUCUAGGUUUUCGCUUUCCUUGCGAUGGGCCUGGCCGAGGGGGAACAUGUCAAGUAUCUGCUUGGGAUCAUGUUUUCUUAGGUUUAUUCUGGAUGUACAAUGCAAUUUCGGUAGUCAUUUUCCAUUUCAGUUGGAAAAUGCAGUCGGAUGUUUGGGGUACCAUAAGUGAUCAAGGGGUGGUAACUCAUAUUACAGGGGGAAACUUUGCACAGAGUUCCAUUACGAUUAAUGGGUGGCUUCGAGAUUUCUUGUGGGCACAGGCAUCGCAAGUCAUUCAGUCUUAUGGUUCUUCAUUAUCUGCAUAUGGUCUUUUUUUCUUAGGUGCUCAUUUUGUCUGGGCCUUCAGUUUAAUGUUUUUAUUCAGCGGCCGUGGUUAUUGGCAAGAACUCAUUGAAUCUAUCGUUUGGGCUCAUAACAAAUUAAAAGUUGCUCCUGCUACUCAGCCUAGAGCCUUGAGCAUUAUACAAGGACGUGCUGUAGGAGUAACCCAUUACCUUCUGGGUGGAAUUGCCACGACAUGGGCAUUCUUCUUAGCGAGAAUUAUUGCAGUAGGAUAG